AUGAUUGAUGUGAAUGUGAAUAAUAUUUUUUUUAAGUCAUAUUCGGUAGACCCUAACACUGGCCAUUCCAUAUAUGUUUUUGAUUCUACUUAUUUGCCGUCUCCAGAAGAAAUUGGUGAUAAACAAGUCUUUGAUUUAUUGAUCGAUGAACUUAUGGAUACAUUGAUUGCAAAGCUACCGGCUGCACCUUAUUCAAUUGUCGUAUUUUCUUCUGGCUUUUCCAAGAAAAAAAUUAGUUGGGUUUAUGGUAUCAAAAUGUAUUCGAAAUUGCCUAAUGAAUCUCGUAAAUAUUUACAAAAGACUUAUAUCGUGCAUGAAUCUUUUUACAUCAGAACUGUUUACCAAGUUUUAUCAAAUGCAAUGAAUUUCAAAUUCCUUGGUUCAAGCAGUAGUAGCAACAGCAAUAACUCUGAUAAUAAUCUACUUAAUAAUGAUGAUAAAAAUAGCAUUCCAGCUGAAUCAGUCGAUACUUCUGCAUAUUUAGUCCACGUUCCAAAUUUAACUGCACUAUCACACCUAAUUGAUAUAACUAGGUUGAGAAUUUCAUUAAAUGUAUACUUACAUGAUUAUGAUAUAUCUGAAUAUAUUGACGUUCCGGAUGAAUAUUUUGGUAGAAUGACAACCAUAGGAACAAAACAAUAUAAACAAUUAAUUUUUGAUAAAAUAUUCAAAAGGUUAAGAGUAGAAAGUGUCGCAAAUGAACUGGUGUUCCAGAAGCCUGGAUCUUAUAAAAAAGUCAAUAUCUUAUUAGAUAUCAUUGAAAGAAGUAAUUACAUCGAUUUAUCACAAUGGGAUAUCUACUCUUUAGCAUCAGUAUUUUUUAAUUUUUUGAAAAAUAAAUCAAAACCAUUGAUACCAAUUGACUUGAUGACACUACCAAUCUCAGAUGAUUUUGAUUACACAUAUUCUACCUUCAUGAAGAUCAUUGAAUUUAACAACUAUUAUGAUUUGUUAGUUGCAAUUAUACCUUUAUUUCUAUCCGUACUGGAUGCACACGAGACUACUAAACAUGAUUCAAGGAGUUUAAGUAAAGCAUUAGCGCCAACACUCUGCAAAGAAAGAAUAUCAAUGAAUAGUUCGAGCCGAAUGGCCAUCGGCAUUCGGUUUAUAAAGAACCUAUUGGAACAUUUUGAUGAUAUUCGCCACAAGAUAGAUUCUUCAAGAGUGGGAAGAACUAGUAGAACUAAAAGUGACACAUAUAGUACUGCACCAAUAACAUCACCGAUGGCAAAACAAAAUGGUAAGGUAACUCAACAAAAUGCAGGUAAAGCAAUACCUACUAAUAUAUCAAAUGGUCAAACUAAUCCUCCUCCUCUCUUACCAAAACCAAGGAAGAUGAGUCCAAGUAAAUAUGAUAAUAAUGUAUAUGCCAACAGAACCCCUAGCCGUGAUCAUAGCCCAACUAGAUCAUCUUCAAUUAUCCAGCCACCUUCAAUAGUUUCCAAAACAAGAGGAUCCAGCACUGAUUCCUUAUCUUUAUCUCUAGGUGUAAAUAAUAAUAUUCCAAAUUUGCCACCUAGAGUUGCUAGUGUUUCCGUCCGAAUAAACAGUGACAGCCUUGCUUCAGAAUCACAAAGUAGUAUCAAUACUAUAUCAAGCAACAACACAAAUAAUUCGAUGAAAAAACAAGAAAGUGAGGAGCUAGUUGCAUCACCACUUCCACCAGAGUCUAUUAAGGAAAUGGUUCAAGAAAGUCCAUCCAAUGAGGACAAUGAAGAGAUUAACAAGAUUUUAAAAGGCGCAAGUAAAUUAACCUUAGAAAACAAUGCCAAAAUUCUAACUUUUGACAGAGAAAUGAAAAAGAAGAAACAAAAAGAACAAAAGUCUAACGCUUCAACAGCAGCUAAAUUUUCAAGUGGUGGUUACUCGGGUAUUAAAACAGGAAAUAAAGUAAGUAAACUGGCUGCAUUAUACGAAGAGAGACUACAAGGCAUCCAAGUAAUGAACGAACUUCAAAAACAAAUGAACAAUGCAUAG